CCAGCCCCCCUCGCAUCCUCCUGCCAUGCCUACCUCCGUGCCAGCUCCAGCCCUGGGGAAACCUGCCUCCCCCCAGAUCUAGGACUCCCCACUCACACCCACCCUGGUUUCUACCUUUCCUCAUUGGCAUCAUCUGUUGGGAAUCCUCCUCUCUGUCUCUCACUGUUUAGGACAUCCCUCUCUGUUUAGGACAGUAGCUUCGUUGAUCCCAGUCUGGCUGCCUUACCGUUUUCUGCCCCUUGGCCCCCACCUUGGGCCCGUGUUCCCUUGCUGGGCCCUGCCCUUCUCUUAGGGCCCCUUCUCGCUGCCCCUCAUCCUGCAGUCUCCUUCCUCUGCAGCCUGCCCCAUGUGCCUCCCCAUCAGUAUCCAUGCCCCAGCCUGCUGUCUGGACCCUGCUGGUUAGUGGGGGGCAGUGGGGUUUCCUUGGUCAUAGGAGAGUGGAGUGCGUGUUCAUUUAGGGGGCCAAGGGGGGCCAAGGGCGGGGCCUAUUGGCCCCAGAUUAGACAGUGACUUUGACACAAGUGGAAGCACCUUAAGCCUCACAGCUCCUUUAUAUGGAAACAGUAAGCUGCUCUUGCAGGUCAGCUGGAGGGGGAACCUCAAGCUCGGGAUCCUUUGCCCUCCCCUCCCGCCCUGGUGGGGGACUGGGUGGGGGUGUCCUGAGCUCCAGCCCCUCCACUCCCCUGUGACCUGGGCUAUGCUGGCUGCAACCAGGGCCCUCUGGAGGUGAAGAUUCCCGAAGGUCUGGGGUAGGCGGUGGCAGCCAGGAUCGAGGAAGCAGAGUUCUGGGUGGGACAAGCCUUGCGCCCCAGCACUGUGUGGGCCCAGCCAGCCUGCUUCCUGCCCGACAUGGGGUCGCCUUGAGCACUCAGGAUCGGGGCGCCCGCCCCCUACUAGGCGGAGUGGAGGGGGUUCCCCCCGCCCAAUGGGCCUGGCCAAGGCCCUGCGCCGCCUGAGCGGCGCCCUGGAGUCGGGGAACAGCCGGGAGGGUAACAGCAGGCCUGACGACGAGGAGGCGGCGGGUCCCGGGCUGUGCCGCAAUGGGUGGGCGCCGGCGCAGGGCCCGGGGGCGCGGCGGCGCGGGCGCUUCGUGAAGAAGGACGGGCACUGCAACGUGCGCUUCGUCAACCUGGGCGGCCAGGGCGCUCGAUAUCUCAGCGACCUGUUCACCACGUGCGUGGACGUGCGCUGGCGCUGGAUGUGCCUGCUCUUCUCCUGCUCCUUCCUCGCCUCCUGGCUGCUCUUUGGCCUGGCCUUCUGGCUCAUCGCCUCCCUGCACGGCGACCUGGCCGCGCCGCCGCCGCCCGCGCCCUGCUUCUCGCACGUGGCCAGCUUCCUGGCCGCCUUCCUCUUCGCACUCGAGACGCAGACAUCCAUCGGCUACGGCGUCCGCAGCGUCACCGAAGAGUGUCCAGCCGCCGUGGCCGCCGUGGUGCUGCAGUGUAUAGCUGGCUGCGUGCUCGACGCCUUUGUCGUGGGCGCUGUCAUGGCCAAGAUGGCCAAGCCCAAGAAGCGCAACGAGACGCUGGUCUUCAGCGAGAACGCCGUGGUGGCGCUUCGCGACCGCCGUCUCUGCCUCAUGUGGCGCGUGGGCAACCUGCGGCGCAGUCACCUGGUGGAGGCCCACGUGCGAGCCCAGCUGUUGCAGCCCCGUGUAACCCCGGAAGGUGAGUACAUUCCACUGGACCACCAGGAUGUGGACGUGGGCUUCGACGGGGGCACUGAUCGCAUCUUCCUCGUGUCCCCCAUCACCAUCGUGCAUGAGAUCGACUCUGCCAGUCCUCUCUAUGAGCUGGGACGUGCUGAGCUGGCUCGGGCUGACUUUGAACUGGUGGUUAUCCUUGAAGGCAUGGUUGAGGCCACGGCCAUGACCACACAGUGUCGCUCAUCCUACCUCCCUGGGGAGCUGCUCUGGGGCCACCGUUUUGAGCCAGUCCUCUUCCAACGUGGCUCCCAGUACGAGGUGGACUAUCGCCACUUCCAUCGCACUUACGAGGUCCCAGGAACACCUGUCUGCAGCGCCAAGGAGCUGGAUGAAAGGGCAGAGCAGAAUGCCCACAGCCCCAAGUCCAGCUUCCCUGGCUCCCUGGCUGCAUUUUGUUAUGAGAAUGAGCUUGCUCUCAGCUGCUGCCAGGAGGAGGAUGAGGAAGAGGAGACUAAAGAGGAGACCGGGGCAGAGACAGAAGAUGGAGCUGCCAGCCCCCGAGUCAUCACACCAACCCUGGCUCUGUCCCUGCUUCCAUGAUGCAAACUGAUGUCCCUGCUCCUACUUCUGCCCCCUUCCCAGAGGUAGCAGGAUGGAGGGAUCAGCCUCCUCCAGCACAGGGGAAGGUAUUUCCCAAGAUCAACAGCCCCAUUGGGUAAAUCUGCCAGGCCUGGUGGACCCACCAUGGACAUACUGGACCUUAAUUUCUUUGCUUCUGUGCUUCCUCCUGACUCUGCUUAUAAGUCCAAUUGGACUUAUAAGUCCAAUUCCUGAAUCCUAGCAGAGCUGAGGGAUCCAGAAUUCUGUAGCACCAAAGAAGCAAGAGCUGCUGGUUCUAGAUUCCUCCUCAUGGCAGGGCCUGAUUAUUGAGCAGAAUCAGAAAUCAGUGAUAACAGACAACCAUUGGGGGAGGAAGUCAGUGGUUCCUGGAUAGCCACAAAGAUCAAGUCUGCAGGUCUAGGUUGACCUCAGAUUCAGGAGGCUUCGUGGGUCAGCCACUGAGAAGCCAAUUAUUUAAGACCAAGAGAAAAGUUUGUGGAACACUCUUAUGUUUUCGAGACUGUCUUGAUAGGCCAAAAGCAAACAAUUGUGGCUGCAUGACAAGAAAAGACCUUGUGGCUCCAGAAAGCCCAAGAUUUGGUGAGUCGAGAUAGACCACAUGGGCAAACACUGUUGAUUUUAAACAGGUUGAUCUUGGGAGCUGGAUAAUUCCACAAACUAGAAUUACACUUCUAGAAUGCACAAAACAGCAAGGCCUGGCUUUCAAAGAACAAAAGUGGCAGAUCGGAAGUUCUUGACAUGAAAGAACUUCUGGGUUAGGGUAUAGCUCAGUGGCACAGUGCCUCCUUGGCAAGUGUGAGGUCAUGAGUUUGCUUCCCAGUACCAAAAAAGAAAAAAAGAACUAAAAGAACUUUUGACAUUGGCUGUAGAACAUCUGGCCAAGGGGAUAAGUGCAGCUUCUGAACCAUCAUGCAAAGGAAUCAGGAUGCUGGGCACCUGACCACAGGGAGGUGUGGUGAUUCUAGACAGCUGCAAACUGCUGGCUCCAGUUUGCCCAAUGAUGUGGAGAAUCUUGAUGAUCCUAAAUGACUCGUGGUUCUGUAAUGCCAAAGGGAAUCAACGGCUGCAAGGAUCCAGAGUUCUCCAUUCCUGAAGCCUAGAAGUUCUGAUCACCUCUGGAUGGACUGCUCUGCAAUUCUAGAACGGGGACACAGGUGUUGAUGUGUAGCAUUUCUGGGUUGACCUAGCAAGUGAAGGCUCAGGUGAGAUCUUGUAGGUCACAGGGCUCAUUAGUGUGCAAGGGAAGGGGGAAGCCCAAAGCUGGUGGAGUCUAGAAUGUUCUGGAAUACUACACCUAGUGAUGUGUCUGUUUCUUAAAAAUAUUAUACAUAUGUAUAUCAUAUAUAUAUAUAAUAUAUAUAUAUACAAAUA